AUGGCAUCGAAGUUGGAACAAGUACUCAUCAAUGACAGGCUGUCGACCGGCAAUAUUGGCAGCACUCUUUGCCACUACCUCGAUGACGGCACCUCACUCUAUUGUAUGAGGGCGACAUCAUGCACAGUCAAGGCCUCCGUAGACCUUGACGAGGGACGACUCUGGGGUGUACUACAUCUGCAUGCCCCGUUCGGCGGAGACAAGAUCUUCAGUCUAGAACGAAUAUCUCCCCACUGUCACACAUUAACUAUCAAGGUUAAAGUACGACCUGGUCGGCGUGUUGUACACAACAACGACUCCAUCAUCUUGGACAAGUGGACGGGUGGGAAGGUGGCCAACAAAAACACAAACACCGGACCUCAGCUCUUGCCAUCACAGGAUCUGGAGGACUACGAGGCGGACCGGGCAUUAUACACCUACGUCUUCAAGCGGUUCAAGAAAGUUAAGUCCCUCACUCUUACUGUCGACGGCGAUCCUGCCUGGCCUGAUCGCGGUGAAAUCGAAGUCACACUCGCUUGCCUCCGUUGUUCUAUCGAGCGAGCCGAGCUGGAAAAUGUCAGGAGUCUGGUUCUAUCUCCAAUCCACCUCUGUGGCAUCCUGCACCUCCGUUGGUCUGGUUUCGGUGCCCUGUACGAGACCCCAUCACCUAAGAUCGCUGCCAAUCUUUGGCAGAGCAUGACCCUGCUUGACAUUCGUUUGCGCAACCCCAUGUACCUGGACAAGCUCACCGAGGCACAAUCCAUGAUGUACACCAAGAUACUCCAAGACUACCUGCGUAGCUUCACUUACACUUUGAAGUGUUUAAGAUUUGUGUGGCUUGAUGGCGAGGGACCCAGCCCCAUGCUAUUAGACGACGAGCCUGGAAUGGGGAAUAUACGGAGACUCUUCUGGCCAGUACUUGAGGAACUGUCUGUUGGUAACAUUCUUGUGGCGAACAAGACAAUCCAGGCGAUACCUGAUMGUGCGCCUAAGGUCAGGGUGGUGAAGGCUUUACGCAGUACACACCGAUUCUCCAGGAUCGAUCCGGAAGAUGGAGAGGCAUGGGUCGAUGUUGAGAUUGAGAGCAGUUUGGACCGGCGUCGGCAAGUGGCAAGUUCGUGGGCGAGUAGCUUUUACAGCCAGGAGGGUUUAUAG